AUGUUGUUUCUCGUUGGCCUUCCUAUUGCGGCAACUAUCGACGCCGGUCUAAAGGGAGAAGUCUGCACUCACAUGUCAACAAAGCUGUUGGGCGAACGUCGUCGAAGCAACCAGGGGAUUCGGAGAUUGUAUAUCUACUUACACCACUCUCUUACGGCAGCGCUUGAUGUGGGCGUAUUGGGACCAGGGUUGUGGUCACGAUACUCCACGUUCAUCUCGUUGCGCGCAUACCGUGGGGCAAGUGGUACUUCGAACCGGGCUGACAAUCGUACGAGAGUAUGUGACGCUUAUGCCAGUGCCAUGCAGCGGUAG